AUGAUUUUCUUCACUUCGAAGAGUGUUUCUAGAGAAGAGGUUUUCGCAAAUUGCAGUGACGUAUCUGAUGGCGAAGCAUCCCCUGUGUUGCCGUCCAUAGAACUUGAAUUCUUUGAUGCAGGACCCCAGGAGGUCCAUGCAGCUGAUGAUAACCAGGCUAAAGAGGAUGAAUUCGACUUUCCGCUAUUCUCUUUUGGUAUGGCCUCUAAAGUGCCAGAUGAUCCUCAGAAUGAAGAUGCUUCUAACGAUAAUGAUGAACCUAGAGGAAGAGACAGCACUACUAAGCUAAUGAAAGUAACGCUUCGAUCACCAUCACCGGAAGUGAUCAACAACCAACGUCCCAGAACUUACUAUUUUGCAGAGUAUUCGGCCCAAGAGCUGAUGAGGUUCCAGUCGGCGGCAAUACAAUACGACCAGAUCAUCACAGAAGCAAGCAAGGAUGCUGCGUGUUCUCGCUCUUUGCAUAGGAGAAGGAUUUUUGACCUUAAGUAUCAUAAUGACAAAAUAGAGGCCGAGAUACAGAGGGCUCUGAAGAACAAGAAAAGGCGUCCUGGAAAGAAGCAGCGCCUUGCAAGGAAACAGGGAACCAUACGGAAUGCAGAGAGGGAAGCACAGGCAAAGGAGAUUAAAAAGAUGAUAAAAAAGAAGUUCCACAAGCGAGGAGGGAAAAAGAACAAGAAGAAAGAUAGCGUGGCAGCGGAUGUUAAACCUAAGUUCAGAACGGAGUGA